AUGGGGAUCCGAAGGGACCUCUAUAACUAUAUUCAGCUCCUCCAUCACGACGUAUCUGCCAUCAACAAGACAUUGCUCAGUCUCAAUCCUCUUCUGAUGGUAGCCUUCGACAUGAUAUUCAAUUUCUCCCCUCGAUCUACUUCGAUCUGACUCCUCACUCGAUCUACUUCGACUACAAUGCUGCACGAACUCGAGCCAAAUCUGCCCAACUACCUCGAGAUAAAAGGAUGUGUCCAAAAUUCUGCUCCCACUCCGCCAUCACAUCGCGGAAGGAGGGUUGUGAUUCUAUGCAGCAGUGGUGGACUCGGGUUUCCAGCUCAGCGAGAUUGAAGAGCGAAAUUUUUUGUCAUACGUGGAUUGCAACUGAACCCUGUCAUUCAUCGCGUUUUUUUUUUUAUUUCUUGAGAAUGGAGUUUUCCUGCUCAUGCCAGUUGGUUGGCUUGUCUCCUCUCUUGGUGGUGUUGAGGUAGCAAACAGAAUUGUUGUUGGUGUACCUGGAGCUGAGUGAGGGAACACCAGCGGGCGGGUCCAUUCGAAGGCGUUUGAGCAGCAGGAAAUGAAGUGGUCAUGCGCAUUUAUGGUGCUCGCCUGCCACGUAAGGAAGGAGGGAGGGAGGGAGGGAGGGAGGGCGGCUGCUGAUCCCGAAGAUCAGUAGUGACCCAUGGAGAGAAGUGGAGAGGGAGAGAAUCAUUAGCAGCACAUUGUCUCGACUCCAGAUGUGCUGAGAAUGAUUUUGAGGCAUUGCCCACAAGCGCGUGAUGUCUUCCGCCUUUGUCUCAUUUCACGUCGAGGCCUGUGGCUUGUUGCACCUUUUUCUUCGCCUUCGUAUAACUUCUCCACCCUCUGGUCUGCAAUCUUUCUUCCGACCUCCAUCACUGUGACACAUGCGUACCCGCAUCGAGAUUGGAAUCAUGAAAUGCACAUCCUCUUGAGAGAGAGAGAGGGAGAGAAGGAAAGAGUUCACUUUCAGCUACACCUAAUGUCUUUACAUGUGGAUUUAUCCCAUCAUGUUGUAAGAAUUUACAUAACUUCCACAAUCCAGUGCAAUAUAAAGUGGAGCCUCAAAGACAUGAAAAUUUGGCGCCAGCUUUCAAAUAUAAGGCAUGAUUGGAAUUUACUGUCGAUUUGAUAUGGCUAUCAGCACCAUAUCUUCACAUGCUUCAGUCCUAGAUUCGGCGGACAUGUUCGCAGAUCAGGCCCCGAGUGCAGUUGAGACAGGAACGCGAUGGCACCAAUCAAAGGGCAAACACUUUUUACAUGCAAAAGACGAUUGUGUGCAACCUCUCAAGGACAUGGUAACUGAAAAGCGCCUCGUAGGGCAGAGGACAGGCAACAUUAAGAGCCAAAGUUCGUUUCCAUCUCUCUCUCUUUCUUUCUUUCUUUCUUUCUUUGGUGUCAGCGCACUCACUCCUUCGUUGGAGGUCUUUCCGAGAGCAAAAGCGCGAUCCGUCAGAGAAGCGGAAUCAUUAUCUGAACGAAACCCAAAUCUAUGAAAAUUUUUUCUUGAAAUCUGUG